AUGCCCGAGACAAUGAGAAUCUGGCAAUACUCAACCCUCGACCGUAACCUCGAGGACUGCCUCACGCUGAAGGAAGAUGCGCCCAUUCCCAGCAAAAGCUCGCUUCGCAAGAAUGAGCUGCUCGUCGAGGUCAUCAGCGCGUCUCUCAACCCCGCCGAUUACAAGGUCCCGGCAACGCCAGUCAUCGGCCGCUUGAUGGUCUCGCGUCCGGCGACCCCAGGCAUGGACUUUUGCGGACGCGUCGCCGGCAAGCACCCGUCAAACACCGCUUUCGAAGAGGGUCAGAUCGUCUUUGGAGGUCUGGCGAUGAUCAACCAGCGAGGAGUCCUGGGGCAGUUCAUCGUCAUCGACGGCGCAGUCUGCGCACCCCUACCGAAGGGCAUCGACCCUGAUCAAGGAGCUUCGGUGGGAACCGCGGCGACGACGGCUUACCAGUCACUCAUGCCUGAUAAACUAAAGCCCGGUGCCAAGGUCUUUAUCAACGGCGGUAGUGGUGGGACUGGAACCUGGGGUAUUCAGAUCGCAAAAGCUUUGGGGGCUGAAGUGGUGACUACAUGCUCGACGGCAAACGUGGAUCUGUGCCGACAACUCGGCGCUGACGAGGUCAUCGACUACAAGACAGAAGACGUCCUCACAAACCUGAAGGCACGAGGUAAUGUCUUCGAUCUCGUCAUCGACAACGUGGGCAGCACCGCCGGUCUGUACGACAACUGCAGUCGCUACUUGAAGAAGGGAGGCACUUUCGUCUUGGUUGGCGUUGGCCCGAACGUGACGCUGUCCGGAAUCUUCUGGACGCUGGCAAAGCAGGUUCGUCCGACUAUUCUGGGAGGUGGAGGGUUCUACUUCGUUCAGCAGAAGAAUACAACGGAGUACUUUCAACGCCUCGGGAAGUGGAUGACCGAGGCAAAGAUGAAAGCGGUGAUCGACUCCGAGUUCGCGUUUGAGGACGUCCCCGAGGCCUACAGGAAGCUCAGAGAAGGGCGGACUAAAGGCAAGAUAGUGGUUCAUGUCGGUAGUAGGGGCGAUGCUGCGUAA